CAAGAAGACAGAAUAGAGUGAGGCAGAACAAACAGAGGGAUCCGCUGGGGCAGCAAGGCAAGAGGCGAAGAUCGGAACAAGCAGAAUAGGCAAACUGACACCCCUUGUCUUAGAGGUUUGGGUGUGAGGCCGGGUCCCUGCCAGCGAGAUGGAAAAGUAUGAGAAACUGGGUAAAAUCGGGGAGGGCUCCUAUGGGGUGGUGUUCAGGUGCAGGAACAAGGACACGGGUCAGAUUGUGGCCAUCAAGAAGUUUGUGGAGUCGGAGGACGAUCCACUGAUAAAGAAGAUCGCACUGAGAGAGAUCCGUAUGUUAAAGCAACUCAAGCACGUGAACCUGGUUAAUCUGUUGGAGGUAUUCAGACGGAAGCGCAAACUACACCUGGUCUUCGAGUAUUGUGACCACACUGUACUGAACGAGCUGGACAAAUAUCCCAGGGGAGUUGCAGAAGAUCAAGUGAAGAGCAUUAUAAGGCAGACAUUGCAGGCUGUCAACUUCUGUCACAAGCAUAAUUGCAUCCACCGAGACGUGAAACCAGAGAACAUCUUGAUUACCAAGCACGGGGUCAUCAAGCUCUGCGAUUUCGGCUUUGCAAGAAUCUUGACUGGUCCAGGGGAUGACUACACAGAUUAUGUGGCAACUCGCUGGUAUCGUGCCCCGGAGCUACUGGUCGGAGACACGCAGUAUGGCCCCCCGGUGGAUGUCUGGGCAAUAGGCUGCGUUUUUGCUGAGCUCACCUCGGGCAAUCCGCUGUGGCCCGGUCGGUCAGACGUCGAUCAGCUCUAUCUAAUUAGGAGGACACUGGGGGAUCUCAUCCCUCGGCACCAAAAGGUAUUCAGUUCCAACCAGUUCUUCAGUGGAGUCAACAUUCCUGUUCCUGACAUCAUGGAGCCAUUGGAGGUGAAGUUUCCCCAUAUCUCUCCUCAGGCCCUCCACUUAAUGAAGGGCUGUCUAAUGAUGAACCCCACAGAGAGACUGACAUGCGAGCAGUUGCUGCAGCACCCACACUUUGACAGCUGCCGGGAGGAGAUGGACAGCAGCAGAGAUUCUGAGAAGCACAACAGGAGGCAUGAGAGGAUGCCACGCAGGCGGCCACCUGGGCUCCAGUACCUGCCUCAACUAACGAGCAGCAACAUCUCGCCAGCACCUGAGACCAAGAAGUACCACCGGCACAAGUACGACCAUCACUUGCCCAACAUCUGACUAUAUGGAAGCAAAAGCCAGCGAGCCCAGCCAAACACCCACCUGCACUUCCACAACUUCCCCACCAAGUGGAACUCCUGACAACUGCUUCCAAAACCACUCUGCAUUUCAAGAGACUUGGUCAUUCAGUUGUGGGCGUUUAAGGAAGGGGUUAGGCACUGGAGAGGUAUUUGUCUUUGGUAAGAAAUUGCGCUCUUGAUUUGGCACAAUUUUUGUGCAGGAAAUCCAACCCCCAAGUGAAUGUCAACUCCAUCGAGUUGUGUGACAGGCCUGUGCUAAUAUUGCAAUGUGUGGUUGGCAAAUAGUAAUUCUCCUGAUGGCCAGGCCCCUGUUUAAAUAUAUGAAGAUACCUGAAACGUACAGCUGAAGUGGUGACCAACUUACAAUAAAUUUGUACCUUUUCUGGUUUGCAAAUUCUUUUUAUAGGCCAGUAAAUCCACAAGUGGCAGUCUUCCUAGUCGAUUGAGAAUAGACUUGUUUUUAAGUACAAGACAAUGGAGUUGACACUUCAGAAAUGUAUUGUGGAGCCACCUACUGGCCAGAACCUACAAUUGCAGUGACUGUUGACAUAAUGAAAUUGAAUGGGAAAUGCUGACACAACAAUUUACAUUGAGAGAAGUUAUCUGAAAAGUGGGACCAAAAAUAAUGAUAGGAGGAAGUAAGCUUUUAUGGACAGCAAGUGCCUUACAUCCUAUGUAUGAUUUUUAGAGAACCAAAACAAUCCGAUUCUGUCUCCUGAACUGUAGUGUUGUAGGGUCUUUAUUAAUGUAUGUACAUACCUAUGUGUGCAUAUCAUCAGAGGGGUGAAUCUUCCCUCUUGUCUGAAUCCUGAAUAUCUAACCAACCUUCCAAAUACCCUAGGUUCACUCUCUCCUAGGUUUGGAUGGAUGACAGACAUAGCUUCAGCCUUCCCAUUGCAGGCUUUGAACUGAAGCCCAUUAAUCCAGCUAUAAUUUAGAGCUGGAACAGUCUCUGAUUACAUGGCUAUUUUCUGAAAGUGACAGCUGUAAUUAUUUGAAAUAUACAGCAGUUAUGAGUUCAGUUUUUUUCAUAUGCACCAUUUCUGACAAACACUAAAUAUUGUGUCUAAUUCAGCAAUGGAGGGAUCACUGAAGUGAAACUAGCCCUGUGUCUAAGUGGGGACCAUAAAUGGUUGGGAAUGAGUUAAGAAUCUACUGCAGCUGGGGAGGCAAUAUUGGAGUGUGGGACUGGUGGUGUAGAGGUCAUUGAUCUUUGGCCAAGCCAAUAGGCACCUUGUUUCUCUUGCGCUUCCUGUCCACAUGGUGGAUGGAGCCAGUAGGACACCCGUACUAACAUUGACUUUCCUACACCAUGCUUGAAAGAAUGAAUGAUCUUCCUCCUGACACUGUUUAUAAGGAAGCAGAGCAUAGCUUCACCAGCAACGGGCACAAUUCCCCAGGACAGCUGCCUAGCAAUAGAACAAUAAAACAGCCCAUAGAGGCAGCUAGAACUAUACAGUCACAAAACAGUGAUUUGGGCUAGGCCCUUCAGCUCACCUUAUCUGCCCCAUCGAGGAAGAAUCUAACCCCAUCCCCCACCAGCAUCUAACUAUUAUGACUCCUGGGCCAUUGUCCGAACAAGAACAAUGUAAACUACGUGAGACGGAAUAGACUCUUUGUAAAUGUCAUGGGUUCUAGUUGGAUUAGGUUAUGUGUUCAACAUGAUCCUAAGGGUUGGGCCAGAGUCUGAGCUUUAUCAUGGUUCCUGGUUUAUUUAAUACAACAUAUGUAUAAAAGAAACAUUUGUGUGUAGUAUGGAUUGGCCUCUGCCUAGUGGAUAGUCCCACCCUUCAUUCUUGUUGGUACACGUUUGACUUUAUUUCCCAGCCAUAAGUAUAUAGCCAUUGGAGAUCUUGCCGUGCAUAAAUUGGCUGACACAUUUCCUGCAUUGUAACAGUAACUACACUUUAAAAUUAAAGGUUAAUUUCCUGGAUACCGCUAUGAGCAACCUGAGAGAAAAAUCUUUUUAAAAAGGUUUUUUACAACUUACUUUGGACACUUUCAUUGAUUUGAGACAGGACAAUGGCUGUUUGACUGGUGGGUGAUUGGAGAUGGGAGGUCACAUGAUGAAACUGCCAGGAAUACAUCCAACCUGAGUUGGAGCCCUAACCCUUGUUGUAUAGUCCUGGAGGCUCAUCAUACAGUAUGUAGCACUUCCUUUGACUCAAGACAAAGACAUUAAAUCCCAACAUCUCUUGCAUAAGAGUCUCUGGGAAAGCUUGUGAAUUCUGUGUGUGUAGAGAGGAGGUCUUUGGGUCGUUCCCAACACUGAGGGACCAGUGUGCCAUAUUAAUUUGGGGCCAAGGGUCUCUAGUCUGAGGCAGACAAGAUAUCAUAAGUCUGUAAUGGCUUUUUUUGGGAGACCUAUCCAAUUAGACCUACUCCCCAUAGACUUGUAUGUUUUUUUCUUUUGCAGUACACACCUAAUUCCCUUUUGAAAGUUAUAGCUAUGUGAGGUAAGUUGCACAGCUUGGUACUGAUCAACAAUCCAAGUGGCCGAUUAAAUGGGAUGAUACAGGGUGGCUGGAGUGGAGAUGGAACCCAUUAAACUUACAAGAAGCAUAUUACCCCUGAGCCAUGGCUGAUAUAUUUCCAAUGGUAAAGCCGAGGGGAGAGAGAUCCUGAUGAGUUAUUAAUGUGCUCUUUUCCCAGAUAAAAAUGGAAGAGCACCACUUUUUCUAUUGAAACAAGAAGCAAAGCCUCUAUUUCUUUGACCAGUGCCCUCUCUCCACUGAUGGUAUGAUAGCAUUUAUAGGCUGCUUGAAUUGUUGAUGAAUUGUGUGUAUCGACCGAAUGGGUUACAGAAGACUGGUGGCUUUGAGGACCUGGGUUCAGCCUACUGUAUUAGCACAUGAAUAGACAGCCGGUCCUGCAACUUGCCUGGUCCAAUCUCGGCUGUUCUGUCUCUCAAAUCAGCCAGAGCCUCUCCCAGUUCAUCCUCACUCCUGCCCCUCUUGGAGCCAAUUCGUGUAAGUUUAUAUACACCAAAGGCCCAGCCCAAGUAGGCACAGGAUGCUUUUGUAUAAUAAACCUGUUUCUUUUAAACUUAA